UGAGGUUGCAGAAAAAAAAAUAAAUCCCAGGGAGAAGAACCCUGUCUUGAGUUUCCAUUUUCAAGAGAAAAAAAUAUCGAAAUCCUCUAAAAAGUCGUGGUAAAGUGGGGCCGAAGGCGGACGGGGGGUUCAAGGACGACCGCAGGUGAAACUGCGUGCGGGUUCUGACUGCGCUUUGGUGGUUUUUUCCACUGUUUUUACGAGCGGAUGAAAACUUGUGCGGCGGCGCAGGGAGCCAGCAAGCAGGACGGAGCCCCAGUCCCCCCGGAGCCCAGGAGCGGGGCGGCGGGCAUCGCGGAGCCAUCCUUCUGAAAUCAGGCAUGGCUCACAGCUCCCCAGCAGCGGCGACCUCGGCCGCAGGCAGCUCCGCUGACAGCUGAAGGGGGCGCCCUCGUCCCGGGCUGGAAUGACGCAGCAGGAGUGCAGCCCGGCAGAAGAGUGACGAGCACGCCGACGACGAUGGGCCUCAGCGCCUCCAGUUACCCUCACUCGUGCCCCCCCCGCGUGGCGGGCAGCUCGCAGGCACAGCAGACCUUCAUCGGCACCUCCUCCUACACACAGCAGGGCUACGGCUGCGAGGCCAAGCUCUACAGCCUGGAGCAGCAUGGACCCGACAAGCCGCCGGACAAGAAGAAGCGGAGUUCGGGCCUGGCCACGCUCAAGCGACGCCUCAUCCGGCGCCGCAAGUCGGGCCGCGCUGCCGACCAUGCCCGCCACAUGAGGGAGCUGCUGAGCGGCUGGGACGUUCGGGACGCCAACGCGCUAGUGGAGGAGUAUGAGGGCACCAUGGCACUCAAGGAGCUGAGCCUGCAGGCCGGCCUGGCCAGGCCGGAGGCGCGGACGCUGGCGCGUGACCUGGCCGCCCUCUACGAGCACAAGUACUGCACAGAUGUGGACCUGAUUUUCCAAGACGCUUGCUUCCCGGCGCACCGCGCCAUUCUGGCCGCCCGCUGCCCCUUCUUCAAGACGCUGCUGUCCUCGCAGCCCGAGUUCGGCGCUCAGGUGCUGUUGGACGUGCGCACGGCCGGCAUCGACGUGCCCAUGUUCUCUGCGCUGCUGCGCUUCCUGUACACGGGCGAACUGGCGCCAGGUGAGGCGCGCCUGCAGAAUAUCGACGUGCUGCUGCAGCUGACGGAGGAGUUCGGCACGCCCAACCCGCUGGACGCCGACAUGCGUGGCCUCCUCGACUACAUGUGCUACUACGACUCCCUGCUGAGCUUCACCUCCGACGGUCAGCUGGUAGAGGCGUUCGGGGGCGAAGCGGGGCCCGGGGUCUGCGCUGCGGCCGGCCCGGGCCGCCCCGAGGAGGAGCUGCGGGCGCACAAGGCCGUGCUGUCGGCGCGCUCGCCGUUCUUCCGCAACCUGCUGCAGCGGCGCAUCCGCACGGGCGAGGAGAUGACGGAGCGCGCCCUGCAGGCGCCCACGCGCAUCGUACUGGACGAGUCCAUCAUCCCGCGCAAGUACGCGCGCGUCAUCCUGCGCUGCAUGUACACGGACGCUGUGGACUUGUCCUACGUGCUGCGCUCCAGCCCGUCGGCCGGCAGCCUGGGCGAGGUGCAGGCCCUGGUGGCUGGCAAGGUCGACCUGAGCCGCGCCGAGGAGGCCAUGGAGCUGUAUCACAUCGCCCUCUUCCUGGAGUUCAGCAUGCUGGCCCAAGGCUGUGAGGACCUGGUGGUGGACAGCCUCUCUCUGGACUCUGUUGUGCCGAUUCUCAAAUGGAGCUCGCAGCCCUACGGCUCCAAGUGGGUCCACCGGCAGGCCGUGCACUUUCUGUGCGAGGAGUUCAGCCAAGUCAUGACCUCGGACGUUCUGUACGAGCUGAGCAAGGAGCAUCUGCUCACCGCCAUCCAAUCGGACUACCUGCAGGCCAGCGAGCAGGACAUUCUCAAGUAUGUCGUGAAGUGGGGGGAGCACCAGCUGAUUAAGAGGAUGGCUGACCGAGAGCCCAACCUGCUCAGCGGAACAGCCCACAGCGUGAACAAGAGGGGGGUGAAGAGGCGGGACCUGGAUGUGGAGGAGCUGAAAGAGAUCCUGUCCCCGCUGCUGCCCUACGUCCGCAUCGAGCACAUCCUGCCGCCCAACAGCGAGGUCCUCUCCGAUGCCAUGAAGAGGGGCCUGAUCAGCACACCCCCUUCAGACAUGCUGCCCACCGCCGAGGGGGGGAAGGCCAACGCCUGGCUGAGGCAGAAAAGUGCUGGCAUCUACGUGCGACCCCGCCUCUUCUCACCAUACGUGGAGGAGGCCAAGGCUGUGCUGGACGAGAUGAUGGUGGAGCAGACCGACCUGGUCCGCCUGCGCAUGGUGCGCAUUUCCAAUGUGCCCGACACACUCUACAUGGUCAACAACGCCGUCCCCCAGUGCUGUCAUGUGAUCAGUCACCAGCAAAUCACCGGCGGGCAGGCAGCCCCCCCAUCUGUUGUGGCGAAUGAGGUGCCAGUGCCCAAGCUGUCGGUGGUGAAGGAGAUGAUCCAGCGACUGCAGGAGCUCCGGCACACGGACCAGGUGCAGCGGGCUUACGCGCUUAACUGCGGCGAGGGAGCCACCGUCAGCUACGAGAUCCAGAUCCGCGUGCUUCGUGAGUUCGGCCUGCCUGACGGAGCAGCCGAGUUGCUGCAGAACCCGCACAAGUUCUUCCCCGACGAGCGCUUUGGAGACGAGAGCCCGGUGCUUGCACUUCGCCAGGCGAGUCGAUGUCGGGUCAACAGCACGCCAGUGGUGGAUGGCGGCUUCGCAGAUCUGGAACCCAUGGCGGGCUUCCGCCCUCCGCUGCCCCCGCCCCCUCCACCCUACCAUCCCCCCACCACACCUGGCCACAACCAGCUGAAGGCCAGCUGGAGACCUCGUGUGCCCAGCCAGCCCCCAUCCCGCUCCUUCUCGUAUCCAUGCAACCACACAGUGUUGCCUCGACACCCCACCUCUAAGCAUGGGAGCCCCGCCUACCCAGCAGCCCCCAAGGUCCUGCCCCCGGACUGUACCAGCCUGCCCGGUGUCCGGGCGAUCCCCCCGGACAAGCAAGGGAACAUGGAGCCGGUCAUCAAUGAGUUCAUGCCAGAUAUCGCCAUGGGCGUCUCGGCCAUGAGCCUGAAGGAGCGGCGUUCCCCGGAGGGCCCUGCGGACGGCGAGCGUGGCGACUUCCACUCGCACGCCUCCACCAUGCCCCCCCCGCAGCACUACACCACCGGGCCUGGGACUUGCCCCCCAGGCCGACACGGUCUGCCCCCCUGCAAGAAGCACGGUCCUGAGCCCCAGCCAGAUGUCCGUUCCGACUUCCCCGACCUCUACGAUUUCCCCUGCCGUCCCACCACUCCCGGCGCCAGCCGGCGCACGCCACCACCCCCACUGCCCUACGUGGGACCCGACCUUUACGGUGCCGCCCGCCCAGUCCCCGGGCCCCUCCCGCCGGCCUACAUGCCUGACAUGCCGCCCCCCGCCUGGCCCCCUGCAGACCCCCUGCGCCUGGACGUUCUGGAGCAGCCCCUGCAGCGCGUGCCCGUGCCUGCCACCCACGUCUCCAGGGGGCGCUCCAAGAAUGAGUCGGACCAGACCUGCGGCCUGGCGCCGCUGCGCUCCCCCAGCGCACCGGAGGGGUCUGCAGGCGGGGCCGAGCCUGGGGGGGUGCUGCUCCCCCACUGGAACAGCAGCGGUGAGGAGGCCGUGUCUGGCCGGGACCGCAGGUCUCCCAACAAGCCCGAAUACUCCUACCGCAAAUCUGCACUUUAACCACGGACUGGAGCACGAGGAACUAAGGGAGAAGGGAGGGCUGGGUGGGCAGGGAGCUCCAUGGCGAGGCUCCAUCGCGAGGCUCCAGCGGCCUGGUUAGCUGGCCCAGAGCUGUGUGAUGACCCAAUAAGUUCCUGCUUUUUCACUAAAUCCCCCUCCUGUUGUGUCCUGGGCCCCCAGCUUCUCGUGUCCCUCUGCUACCACCAUUGAUCGGUACGGAGGCUCUGGAUGGACCCCGCAUUAGCUUGACGAGACGAUCCCUUCCCGCCCCAGGCCUCGCUUCAGUCUGCACACACCUUUAAAUUGCAAAUAUUAUGACAAUAAUGGCUAAUAGCUAGACUGCAGUAAGUUACGUGCGUUGUGGCUGCUGCUGUUCGGAGGUGCCGCCUGUCCUGCACGUUUCACCCCCGCCGGGCUGGUCAUGGCAAACACCUCCCUGUGUUACUGGACGCUCUGUGUUUAUGCAUCAUCCUCUGGGUUCAGAUCCCAGGCUUUGGCUGUUUGACAUCACAUGCUAACAUACCCGUUUAGUAACAGCAUUAUUUCCCAGUACCGAUCGAAAGUACUUGGGGUCCAGACCCAUUUAGGCCGUUAACGCCAAGCUCGGCAUCAUCCCCACCGGCACGCUGUCGAACCCGUGACGCAGACGUAUCCCUGUAGUGCAUGUGGUCGCGUUCGCCCUAAGGGCUAUCUCUGUUCCAGAUGCCAAACUGCCCUGCUCCACGUACCCUAAAGUGCAACCCAUAAUAAGCAGAGGCCGUCUCCAGGUAACAAGGGACGGUUUGAUGGCUCAUCGGAGUAGCUUGACACAGCGGGUCCCUUUAUUAGCCGGCGCAGCACGUGGUACACAGUACGCAUGAUAGCGACCUGCCGGCAAUCUCCACACGCGAUGUCAGCCUCAUUCUCCUCCUCUAUCAGUCUGCGGCGUUCACCAUCAUUUCCUGUCCCUAACUGCCCCCGUUUCCUGUCGCCUUUUUCAAAUUUUUUUUUUUCAUAACCGGAGAGACGACUCUUCCGCGCCGUGCAGUGGAUCUUUUUCCAGCCGCGUGACAGGCAGCCGUGGUUGCAGUUGCCAGGUAACUUCCCCCCCAUGUUCCAGCCCGAGGGAUUCUGCUCACUAAAGCCACGUCUGAAAGAUGGGGGUGUGUUUCAGCCGGCCAGCUUUGGUCGCAGUGCAUUGUGGGAAAGGAAUUGGCAAAGUGUAAUUUUCCCUGUGGUCUGGUGUUACUGAUGGCACUGUUGGGGCGGUUGAGUCGCCUGUGUCAUGGAACCACUAACCAAAACCCGAGUGGGAUGUUUCCAGGGACAUCUGUCUGGUUUCCUGUCUCAUACGUGACCCGAUCCUGCUUCCCCUGACCCGUUCCUCAGCCGGUGCUGCCCCACUGUGCUCGGCUGAGUGUCACCGCGACUCCGGACCUCUCUCCUCGCUGCCUGAAACCUCCUGACCUCCACAGUGCCACCUCCUGGGCUAAUCUUGAACCUACAGGCGGGCUCCUGUUUUCCGUGUUCCCCCCCCACACACUGCAGAUCUCUACCUCUGUGCCCUAUAUCGCUUGUAAUAAACCUGCCAAUUUAUCGGCGUUUUAGUGUCGGUCGCUCAUGCGAUGCAGCCCUGCGCCGUCGCUCGUAUGCAAAUCCGCCUCCGUCUCUUACUGCUAAUUCCAGUCUUGACAUCGCUAAGGUGCUUGCAGACUUAGCCGCAGCCCUCGCCAUCAGCAUCUGCAGGGGAUGCGCCGAGGACAAUGCGCGUCAGCCGUGAGCCGCAGGGGGCGGCGUAGCGUCGCAGUGCUUUGAAAAUGUGCUAAUGUGGGGGCCGGUGUGUCAGCCCAGGGCCCAGUUUCAUGCUCUGCCUCUGUUCUUGUGGGUCUGUUGGGGGGGGGGGGGGGGGGGGGCUGUUUCAGCAAGGCUCAGAGAGACUUGGUGACUUAGCGGUUCGGGAGAAGGCUUUGCCUCUACAGUUACGCCACUUCUGCAUCUUCUCUCUGCUUUGGUUUCACGCCCCCCAUAUCACAGUGCUCCAAAGCAGCCCCCCCUACAUCUAAAGGCCCUGGCCAAGUCCAAAUGUCAGCAUCCACCUCAGAGGUCAGGGCAGAGGAGCUGGGCAGACCGAAAUAGCACCCUGACCCUGCCGCGGGAGCUCCGCCACCCCUCCCACUCCUCCGGAUGGUGGCUGGGCGCUGACUCCUGUUUUCCAUUUUUAGAGAACAUACCUGUUGAGAUCUAAGAACCUGAUGGCGUUCGUUUGAAGUCUCCCCACGUAGCCCCUAUCUGGGCUUAUUUUCCGCUUCAGGCCGUCUCGGUGGAUAAUGCGGAGUUCGCUUUCCUGUGGUCUGCACUGCUCCGCGACGUUGGAGAGGAAUGCCGUCUCCUAGAGCGGAAGUUGGGGCUUGGACAGAGCCGUCCUUCUGCCGUUGGCACCGAUUCCAUGCGGAGCUGAAGGAUCCUUCUGUUUUUUUUUUUUUGUUUUUUUUUAAUUAUUGGAACAGCAGGUCAUUUCCACUUUGUGUCAUCCCCGCGCUGGGAAGUGAUCCAGCUUGCAGCAGGAAAGGUUCCCCCUUUAAAUCAAUCUGAAGUGUUGUCUUUAGUCAUUGGUGUUUUAAUCCUGUCAUCUUCAUUUCACGUUAUGUAGUCGGAGUGACGCCGCGGCAUCGGCGUGAUCGUGGGAGGACAGUGACCCUGUGUUUCUGAAGGGCGAGAACCACUGUCUUGCUUCGGGAGGGGGCAGAGGGACCUGGCUCGGUCCAAUCGGAGGGUACUGAAGCUGAAAUUCCAGUCUGCGUCCAGUUAAGUGUGGGUUGUGUAAACAAAGGCCUCUUUUCAGCCUGUCCCUGCACGCGGGUAGGAGAUGAACGGUUUAUUCUUUCCUGUGAUGCUAAGAUGGUGCCACACACCUGUUUUUCUGCACCUCAUCGGUGACCCCCACAUGACCUCACCCCUUCCUAUCCAGCCAGUUAGAUCCCAAGUAUUACAUUCACAAGAGGGGAGCGACGCUGUUGAAUUGUGGGUAGGGAGGCAUGCGGUCCCAUUGUUUUCUGGCCUUGUGGUGUUCACCAGCAGUAUUAAGUUCUUUUUCUGCCUGGUGAGGGCCUGAUGAUGUCUGUUAGCACAUGCAGAGUGGAAGGCAGUAUGUGGUUCCUGUUGAAUGAUCCCUCCUGGGGCAGAGGUCGCCUCUCGGCCGCUGUGUGGGGCUCGCGGCCGGGUUUUCCUUUCCGGUCAGCAUACUCGCAGCUCGAAUCGCAGUGCGGUGACGAUUUCAGCCAGCGUGACGCAGCCGCCUGCCCGGACCCCCACCCUGCUUUGUAAGCAUGUGGCCGCUGUUCCCGAGAUGACAGAGUAGCACACGGACCCUGGUGGAGCGCUGCGGGUCUUCACGUGGCUUCUGAGGAGACUUUGAGAGCAAAAAGGAAAAAAAAAUAAAAAUUCCAUUCUGUUUGCUUCAUGAGGAAAAUAUGCAGACCGCUGUUCAUCCACACCCCCCCCCCAUUUUUCCAGGACGAAUCCAGCCGUCCCUUUGACGAGCGUGUGCCUUCUCCGGCCACCGGCUGGCCAUUUCCCACGAUGUGAACUUCUGUCCUAUGCAAGCAAAUUUUCUACAGAGCUGCGGUAACCAGACCUUUGUAAGACUCUACACAUGCUUCAUGUACAUAGUGUUUUUGAGAGAUAGUAUUUUUUAAUUUUGUAGGUACCUUUGAACAGAAACCUCUGGAAAAUGUCAUUUGUUAUGAUUGUGUAUAACAAGUAUGUCUGCCAUAUUUGUUAUAUAUAUAUAUAUAACCUAACACCUUUUCUUGUAGACAACUCGUACCAGGUUGUAUAAAGUCUCACUGGUUCUAUUUUUCUACUGCUCUCAGAGAGGGGGUGUUAACCGCAAGGAACAUACAGUUUGCAACUGCGUAGCUUCUUCACAAUAAAAGUGCUUCUACAUA